AUGUCUUCGAUAAAGCUCUUCUUUGUUCUCAUUCUUGCCACUGCUCUCGAUUCCAUCGUGGCAACUCGAUCAGCAGCACUCUUCAGCACUACUGCCAGUCUGAGCAAUAGCAAAGCCUAUGCUCCUACUGCGAAGCUGACCCCAUCAAUCGUCUACAUACUCGUAGACAACUCAACAAGCCUUGGAAACAGCCGGUUUGAGAAGGAAAUCGGCGAUAAUGGCGUGGACAUAUUGUCAUCUGCCAGUGAGUACAUCCUAGAUACCCUGUACCAUGGACGGAAGCCGCAAGAUGUGAAGGACUACUCGAAGGUUGUAGCAGUCAUUGAGAGCUUGAACCAGGACGGGAUCAGAUGGUCUCCCACCACAGCGGCCAGUACGGUAAGAAACGAAAUCUGCCUGAACUCCGACUAUAUCCAACACUUCAACGGAGACAUCAGGUAUGAAUUUACUGGAAUUAUGUAUCAAGAGAGCAAACACAUUUGGCAGUGGAACGGGAAUGGGACGGCUCCAGCUGGGCUUAUCAAUGGCAUGGCUGGUUAUCUGAGGUUGAAGGCGGGUUGGCCCUCCGUGAGCUGGGAGAGGCAAGGGUCAGGUAACCAGUGGGACGAGGGUUACCAUGUCACAGCCUACUUCCUGGAAUACUGCAACUCGAUCAAAGACGGAUUUGUGGCAGAAUUGAAUGCCAUGAUAAGGGAUCACUACGGCAAUGACUUCUUCGUGACCAUACUUGGGAAGAGUGUUGAUGAACCAUAUGGAUCGACUACAAGCUAUGAGGGUCCUACACCGGCACCAACCCCAGGAUCCUAA